AUGCGCUUGACGAAGCGAGUGGGAUCGAUCGAGAACAAGAAAACACGUAAACUGAAUGAAAAAACACGAUCUAGCCUGAACAACAUUAAUACUCCAGGGCCAAUUUGUUGUACGAUGAAAUCGCCAAUUGUGAUCCAAUUAGUCCUAGCCCUGUGUUUGGCAGUUCUAGGGUCUGCUCACAACGUUCUUUUGCCAGCUCAUGGUCGCAGAUGUUUCUUCGAGGAACUGAAUAAAGGUGAUGAACUGGCUGUUUCGUUCCAAUUCGGUGACAGAGAUCCUCAAUCUAGUCAUCAAUUGAAAGGUGAUUUUUUCAUUUAUGAUUCUCAAGGUAACCAAAUUUUGGAAUCCUUCAGAGAUGUCUCCCAUGGUGAAGUUACAAUGACUGCUCCAGCAAAGGGUAAAUAUCCAUACUGUUUCUCCAAUGAAAACUCAAAUGUUGAAACUAAAGAUGUCACAUUCAACAUUCAUGGUACCAUUUGGGUGGAUGUCGAUGAUCCAAAUUCAAAUACCAUCGAGAGUGCCAUUAGAAGACUGUCCAAGUUGAUUAAAGAAGUUGAAGACGAACAAAGCUACAUCGUCAUUAGAGAAAGAACCCACAGAAAUACCGCAGAGUCUACAAAUGACCGUGUUAAGUGGUGGUCUGUUUUCCAGCUGGGUGUAGUGGUUGUCAAUUCGCUUUUCCAAAUUUACUACUUGAAAAGAUUCUUCGAAGUCACUUCCCUUGUUUAA